AAAACAAAAACAGAAAACGCGAUUUUUAAAAUUUUGCUGUUCAAAAGUGUGUAAUUGUCGGAAUUUUCGAGUAGUGCUUGUAAUAAAAAAUUUUCUUUUGAAAAAAUUAUAUAUGUAUAUCUAUAAGAGAAAGUUAAAUAUUUGAACCGACAAUAUCUGUUAAUACUCUAAUUAUAUGAAGUUAUUGAAUUUUCUGAUUUGUAAUGGUAGAAAUAAGGCAAAAUUUUCUACACUUUUGAAAAAGACUACAUCUUUGCCUUAUACCUACAGUUAUCUACUGCAGUCCAAUUACUCCAGCAAAGUCCAGCUUUCCAAAAAGAAUAUGUCAAAUUAUAUUUACCCAAAUAACACACCAAUCAUUCAGUUGGAUUGUGAAGCAGCGUUUAAUGAACUUACAGAAAAGGAAAAACAUUAUGCUCAUUACCUUUCUAAAGCUUGUUGGUUUGGUGGACUUAUUGAUUUGCUGCAAACUUCCCCAGAAAGUCCAUUAAUUUUUAUACUGAUUAAUAAGUUAUUUCAUAAUAAUACUGUGAGUGAACUGAAAGAGAUUGCUCUUAACAAAUGUGGAUUUACGGAGGAUGAUUUUACAGCCUUUUUGAUUUAUACUUGUGGGAUCUUAAGCAAUAUGGGUAAUUACAAAGGCUUUGGAGACACUAAAUUUAUUCCAAAUUUGGCAAAGGAUAAAUUUGGAAAAUUAGUGUUAUCCAGUCGCUUUGCUGCAACUUAUGAUGAGUAUGCUCCAAAAUUACUUUCUGAAUGUUUAAAAAAGAUUUAUUCUCUGAAAGACAAAGAGUGUUGCCUUGGUUUUCCUUAUAAGGGUACCACUACUUAUAUGUCUAAGAAUAUAACAGAAGAAGACUUAGAAGCAGUUAAAAAAUUCUUAAAAAAUCAAAAUUUGGAACCUUUUAAUACAAGAUUAUUCAAAACUGUUGAUGAUAAUGACAGAAUCAUAUAUGAAAUUCGCCUAGCAUCUAUUUUAAAAACAGAAGCAGAUAGUGCUGAUAAAGAAGAAGAUGAUGAUAGUGAUGAUGAGGAUCUCAUUAGUACUACAACUGUUAAUGGCCAUAGCUUUGUCAUUACUAGAGGAGAUUAUAGUAAACUCUUGAGACUUGUCAAUUCUAAUUUGAAGCACGCUAAGAAAUUUGCAGCUAAUGAAAAUGAAGAGGAAAUGAUUAGGCAUUAUGUAAAAAGCUUCCGUACUGGUUCAAUUGAUGCUCAUAAGGAUGGAUCUAGGUAUUGGAUAAGAGAUAAAGGACCCAUAGUAGAAAGCUAUAUAGGAUUUAUUGAAACAUACAGAGAUCCAUCAGGUAUAAGGGGAGAAUUUGAAGGUUUUGUAGCAAUUGUUAAUAAAAAGAUGAGUGCUAAGUUUUCAGAACUAGUAAAAUCAGCCGAAACAUUGCUUCCACUUUUGCCUUGGCCUAAAGAUUAUGAAAUAGAUACUUUUUUGCAACCUGACUUUACUUCAUUAGAUGUUUUAACUUAUGCAUGCAGUGGUGUACCUGCUGGAAUUUGCAUUCCUAAUUAUAAUGAAAUUCGCCAAUCGGAAGGUUUUAAGAAUGUUUCUCUUGGAAACACAAUACAUGUAAAGAUGACAGAACCACCAAAUUUUUUGAAUAAAACAGAUCAGGACCUUGUUAUGAAAUACAGAAAUUCUGCUUUUGAAAUUAAUGUAGGAUUGCAUGAACUUUUAGGCCAUGGUAGUGGGAAAAUGUUCAAAGAAAAAGAUGGUUCCUUUAAUUUUGACAAGGACAAAAUUGUAGAUUUUGUAACUAACAAAAAGGUAAGUAGUUGGUAUGAAGAGGGUGAAACAUAUGAUUCAGUGUUUGGCUCCUUGGGUUCAUCAUAUGAAGAAUGUAGAGCUGAAAGUGUUGCUUUGUAUCUUUGUGAUUCCAGUACUGUAUUAAAAAUUUUUGGCUAUGAAGGGGAAGAAGCAUCAGACAUAACUUACAUUAUAUGGCUAGGUAUGGCUCUUAAAGGCUUAGAGGGACUUGAAAUGUAUGAUCCAAAAACUGACUCCUGGCUCCAGGCUCAUUCUCAAGCCCGUUUCGUGAUACUUCAAGUAAUGCUAGAGAGUGGUGAUUUUGUAAAAAUUGAGAAGGUUACUGGUAGUGAUGAUAAACCAGAUCUUUUACUAACAGUUGAUCGUAGUAAGCUGGCAAGUGUUGGAAAGAAAGCAGUAGGAGACUUCCUUGGUAAAUUGCAGCUUUAUAAGUCAACAGCAAAUAUAACUGCUGCCAAAGAAAUGUAUGACAAAUACUCACUAGUUGGUUCAGAAGAAAACAAAUAUCCCUUCCUUGAAUACAGAGAAAUUGUUAUGGAUCGAAAGAAACCUAGACGAAUGUUUGUUCAAGCCAAUACAUAUAUUGAAGAUGAUAAGGUGAAAUUACAAACCUACCCAUCAACACCAGAAGGAAUGAUUCAGUCCUGGAUAAUGAGAUUUGAAAAGGUAGAUGUUGAUAACAUCUUAGAAGAAUUGUGGAAAAAAGAUAAACAACAUUUUUGAUGAAUUCAAUAAAAUCCUUGUCUAAUA